ACACGCCAAAGGGCCGCAUCUACUUUACUAGGUGUGACUAUGAGACAGGAAUCAUACCAAUCUCCAUUGUACAGUUGGGAAAACUCGUGAACCGCGGGAAAGGAACCGGAUAUAUUCUUCAAAUUUUUACUGGCCGCUUUAUUUGGAAAGUUGUAAGCCAUGGCAUUGGCACAGGAUGCUUCUGCAACAAAACAGGCUCCGCUGGCUACUUUCAAGCUUGUGUUAGUAGGUGAUGGAGGUACCGGAAAAACAACAUUCGUAAAGCGGCACUUAUCAGGAGAGUUUGAGAAAAAAUAUGUAGCCACCCUUGGUGUUGAGGUGCACCCGCUCGUGUUCUACACGAAUCAUGGUCCCAUCCAGUUCAACGUCUGGGACACGGCGGGCCAAGAGAAAUUUGGUGGUUUACGUGAUGGUUACUACAUUCAAGGCCAGUGUGCCAUCAUCAUGUUUGACGUCACGUCCAGAGUCACAUACAAGAACGUGCCCAACUGGUACCGGGACCUGGCCAGGGUUUGUGAGAAUGUGCCCAUUGUGCUGUGUGGGAACAAGGUGGACAUCAAGGACAGGAAAGUGAAAGCCAAGAACAUCACCUUCCACCGGAAAAAGAACCUGCAGUAUUAUGACAUCAGCGCCAAGAGUAACUACAACUUUGAGAAGCCCUUCCUGUGGCUGGCCCGCAAGCUAUUGGGAGACCCUAACCUGAUGUUUGUGGAGAUGCCUGCCUUGCAGCCACCCGAGGUCAAGAUUGACCCAGCUACCCUCCUCAAAUACAGCCAAGACCUUGAGGAAGCUCAAAGAACAGCUCUUCCAGAUGACGAGGAGGAGUUGUAAACAAGUAGGCACUUCUUAAUAGAAUAAUGUUGUAAGCAGGUCUUUGUAAUAUUAUUUUGAUCCGGUUAAGGACAAAACGAAAGAUAAAUAAAAACUGUUACAUAUAUUAGUGGGACAACCUUUCCCUGUUCAUGUCGUUUGGUCCGGCGUUUUCAGUUCUCUUGAAAUGUUCUGGAGUUUGGCUAUAAGCGAAAUGGACCACCCUCCACACAGAGAGCGACAGUGAUUCUUUGUUGUCGUAGUCCAGCUCUCUAAUGGAAAUGCCGCUCAAACCUUAACUUUGUAAAUUCUGUUGUGGCCUGGCUGUUUGAGAGUCAUUUUGAAGCCUGAAUACUCACUUUUGAUGCACAGGAGGUGUCUACUAUUUAUGUUGUGUUAUUACGGGUCAUGGUUAUCAUAUGAACAUAGACUGACCCAAGAUCAUGCGGUGUGGCAUGUCAAAACCAGGAGGAAUUGGGCACAGCUGCAGUUUCAAUGGUGCCUGCUGCUGGACAGAGCUUUGCAUACCGGGCAUACCACAGCCCAGCCGUCACGGUCAAAAGAAUCCCGGCGUGAAGGGGUUAAAUUCAAAUUUGGAAAGUUUAUUUCUCAUUUUUGGCAUUUCGAUCAGUCUUAUUCCAACAUUUAAAUAUUUUACUCCUGGACCAUCCAAUUUUGAAAAGAGAGCUCAACGCAAUCUGGACUCCUGGACCAUCCAAUUUUGAAAAGAGAGCUCAACGCAAUCUGGACUCCUGGACCAUUCAAUUUUGAAAAGAGAGCUCAACGCAAUUUCUCAAACUUGACUCCUUGCCCAGGUAUACCUGAUUUUGGCGUACCAUGUCACGUGCAUGAAGACUGUUAAAAUGAAACCAAAUGAAGAAAAACCUCAGUAACUUAACCUCGCAAUUCAAGGGGAGUAGUGGUUUCCAAGAAUUAUACAGGGGCAAAUAGGUGAUGUUGAACACUGCCUGCGAAUGAUUGAUGUGAUUGAUUGACCUGGUCGUCAGUCAAUUGAUCGUGGACAGGGGCCUGUCUCCACUUGCUGUGGCUGCUUACAUGUAUACUGGUAGAUCCUUGAUAAUCGUUGCAUGAAAUGGCAGAGAAAUCAGGGAUAAAAACGUGUUUAUUUCAGUGGCUCAUCAAGAAUUUUGUCUUACCACACGUUUAUGUGUGUAAGGAAUUCUGUGUUCAAAGGAGGAACCAAAUUUCCAGGCUGACAGUGUUGGCACUGAACGGCACAGAAUGUCAUUGUUAGCUAGAAGCAGGCUGCAAGCACAGAUAGACCUGAGAUGGUGUUGUACAUAGCAUGAAGAUUUCAUUUUUCAGGAAUUGUGUAAUAAAGAAACUGUGGCCAUAUUUGUUCGGUAAAAAAAUGGUAUUCCCGCCUUACCAGUAAUUCAUGCUUUGAAAGUUGACCCUUUUGAAUAGUGAUACAAAGCCACACAUUUAAGCGUCCAAACUAGAUUAAGAUAGAAAAAAUUUGUAUAACAUGCUGUUAGACGUUUGGGAUUUUUCUCAAGUUCACAAAAAGGAAAUUCGGGGUUAUGUUCGUAAUAAGUCAUGUAAAUAGCCCCAAAAACCCCUAAAAGAAAUUUUUGUUUCAUUUUGUUAGUUUUGUCAAUGAAAUAACAUGCAUUUGUAUACCCUGCGUCAUUUUUUUGUACUCAAAACAAGGGUGUUGUGAUGGUUGAAUACUUGCAUUGAAUUGUGUUUUUUGGGGGAGGGGUCAAAGGUGCACACAACUUUGUAGUACAUCCUGUGUGGCCCAUUUUUUAAAAAUGCACUUAAGCCCACUUAAAAACUACAUGUACUUGCUGCGUAGACUUAUUUCUAUGUGUACAAAGCUCAAAUGCAGUGUUGGCAGCCAUGCAAACAAAGACAAAUAUCUCUAAAAUUUUAAACCCCUGUAAUUGACUCAUAUAGAAGCAGUGACUAGUGCUAGGCAGUUGUACGUAUUUAAGAUUUUUCCGAAGGUGACUUCUCUUUGGCCGUAUAAAUACUUUCAUAAAUACUUUAGUGAUUACUUGUAAUAUUGUGUAAUUUUCGAUACACAGAAUAAGUGGGAAAAAUCGUAUUAAAAUCUGAUGAUGGUUUUGGGAAAAAGCUGUGGAGUUUGGUGUAUUGUCCUCAAAUUGCUGAGAAAUUAUGCUGUAUUAAGGUCUACAACAGCAAAAUUAAAUAUGGCAUAUUUCACUCAGUCGGUUUUGCUGAAUGGAUCCGCAAUAAUACAUUUGGAGAUGCAGUCAAAUCUCAUCAAGAAAAGCACUGUUAAUACAAGAUUCCUGUUAUAAAAAGAAAAUAAUUAGGUCUCAAUCCUUUGUUUUGUAUUGUUUAUUCCUGAUAAUACAAGGUUCCUGUUAUAACAAGGUAAUUUCUUUAGUCCAAAGGACCUCGUUAAUGAGGUUCGACUGUAUUACCGAUAAGUAAUGUGGAUAAAAGGCCUAUCGUCUGGUUAAUUGCCUGGUUAAUCUCGUCCUCAAAACCCAUCUUAAGAAAAAGUGAGUUGAUACCAUUUCAGGUACUGACUUUGAAAUUAAUAUACCAGUGCGUUUCCUUUGACUGUCAGUGUGGUUUGUCUGUAACUUACUUUUCAAAGAAACUUGUGGGCUUACACAAAGUAACAUAAAGGAUAAGGCCUACCCGUGUUUCUUCAAGACAGUCUUGAUGUCUUUUGUGUAAAGUCAGUGCAGUCACGAAAGACUGUUUUUUACUUCUCAUUGUAUCCAAAUACCAUACAUCUAUGGUAUCGACUUCAUCCUAGCAUGGGCUCUGCUCCAGACGUCCCUGACAGUACCAACAUGCUUUAAAAUUGAAAUCAAACACAAUUAGACCUAAUCCUUUUCUUGAGUCGGCCACAUGUAGGUGUAGUUUGGGCUCCACACCUGACCCUGGAUGGCAUGUGUAGACAAUCAGUCAUGUGUUUGGAUAUUCGAAAAUGGAAAAGGAGAUGGCAAAUAAAAUAAAGAAUUAAAUAAAUGACAGUGCA